CCGGGAGCUGGGGGGGGGGAUGGCCGCCAUGUCGCGUUGGGUGCGCGCUGGGGGCGAGCGGCGGCGGUGACCGACCCCGGGGGGGGUGGAGCCUCGGUGCCCAGCUGGGGUUAGCUGCCGUGACAGCUGCUGACACCGCAGGGUGUGCGAGCAGGAGCCCUGCUCUGCUUCCCCAGGGAGCCCUCGCCCAGCUGCUGAGCCCCCGGUGCCGCCACCGGCUUCUUCCCAAAGGGCAGCCCCUCCGCUGCCGCCCAGCCCCGCCGAGCUUUUCACCCCAACGGUCCUGUGGUGGCUGCAGGGCCUGGGAAGCGCCCCUGCUUCCCACCAUGGCCCUGUGCCGCACGCUGAGCCUGAUGUGUCGGCGCCUUCGCCAGCUGCUGAGCACGCAGUGCGCGCUCCUGAGCAGCCUGCCCGGGCGGGACUGCAGCCUGCUGGUGGAGAAGAGAGCAGAAAAGUGGAAAAAGAGAAAUGCUGGAGAGGGCUGCAGCCUGCCAGGCUCCUCCUGGGAAGAGAGGUUAGCAGACGCGGCAACUCCACUGUGGAGACUUCCCUACCAGGAGCAGCUGCAGGUCAAGUACGAAAACCAGAGGAAGGUUUUACAGACACUGACUUCGCGUCUGCAGGAGCUGGGUGUAGAUGUGCAGAAGCCUGGUGAACUCUGCUGUCCUCUCCGUCCUGUAGUCCCCUCACCCAUCACUAAUGGCUACCGAAACAAAUCUACUUUCUCUGUGAACCAAGGACCAGAUGGAAACCCCAAAACUGUGGGAUUGUACGUGGGAACUGGCAGAGCAAGAAAUAUUGUCUGCGUGAGAGCUGACCAUGUGAAGAAUGUACCCCCAAAACACAAGCAGGUAGCCCAGUGCUAUGAGGAGUUCAUCCGUCGCUCCCCCCUGGACUCCUGCAUUCUCUUCCACGAAGGUGGACACUGGCGAGAGCUCGUGGUACGCACCACCAGCCAUGGCCACACCAUGGCUAUUGUCACCUUCCACCCCCAGAAGCUGGGCCAGGAGGCUCUGGCUACUCAGAAGGCAUUGCUUAAGGAGUUCUUCACUUCUGGACCUGGAGCAGGGUGUGGCUUGACUUCACUUUACUUCCAAGAGAGCACCAUGACGCGCUGUUCCCACGAGCAGUCACCCUUCCAGCUCCUUUAUGGAGAACCACACAUCUUUGAAGAUUUGCUCGGCCUGAAAUUUCGCAUCUCUCCGGAUGCCUUUUUCCAAGUGAACACGAGUGGAGCAGAAACUCUGUACCAGGCGGUCGGGGAGCUGAGUCAGGCUGACAGAGACACCGUCCUCCUUGAUGUCUGCUGUGGGACCGGCACAAUUGGUCUCUCUCUGGCUCGCCGUGUGUCCAAGGUUAUUGGUAUCGAGAUAGUGGAGAAGGCAAUAGAGGAUGCUAGGUGGAAUGCAGCAUUUAAUGGAAUUUCCAACUGUGAGUUUCACAGUGGAAAGGCAGAGGCUGCGUUACCACAACUGCUGUGCUCAUGGGAAGAUACCCGACCCCUUGUUGCUGUGGUGAACCCAUCCCGAGCUGGGAUCCAUUACAGGGUUGUGCGAGCCAUCCGAAACUGCAAGGCCAUCCAAAGGCUGCUCUACAUCUCCUGCAAGCCAGAGGGCGAAGCCACGAGGAACUUUCUUGAGCUGUGCUGUCCCCCUGACCCAGGGAAGAAGCUGGUAGGAGAGCCGUUUGCCCCUGUGUUGGCCAUACCUUUUGACCUGUUUCCUCAUACUGUUCAUUGUGAGCUGGUGCUGCUGUUCUCCCGCUGACAAGGAGGCAGGUAUGCAAGCUCUGAGAGCUUGGGAAGCAACCUCCUAAUGUCUUUAAGGCUGGAGUGGAUGUAGUUAUGAUUUUAAUUUAUUUUUAUACAACUUUCAAGAAAUAAAUUUUUUUUCUUUUUGCUCUUGAGUUGCCUAACUAUGCUGUUUUGUAUGGAAGCACUCAGAUUUCUGGGGUGAAAAGGUUGUCUGUAGCAUUUCAUCAGCCUUCCCUCCCCUUCAAACCUUUCUGGGAUGCUGAUUAAAUCUUCAUGCUUUGGUGGGAGAAUGUUGACUGUGUUGGGGAUGGAGGGAUAUUUCCUGUGUGAACUUCCAGUAGUAAUACUGAAUCGCUGUCAGUCACGUGGAUGAGUUGGAGAUAUUUCUAUAAAAUGGCAAAAAAAGAACAGAG